UCUGUAUCUGUAGACCUGAAUGUUGAUCCUUCUCUCCAAAUUGAUAUACCUGAUGCUCUAAGUGAAAAGGACAGAGUGAAGUUCACUGUGCAUACUAAGAUACCUCCAGCACCUUCAAAGCCUGACUUUGAUGGUCCCAGAGAGAAGAUGCAGAAGCUAGGGGAAGGAGAAAUGUCUAUGACAAAAGAAGAGUUUGCCAAAAUGAAGCAAGAGCUAGAAGCUGAAUACCUCGCUGUCUUCAAGAAGACUGUAUCAUCACAUGAAAUCUUCCUUCAGCGGAUUUCUUCUCAUCCUGUGCUCAGCAAAGAUCGCAAUUUUCAUGUUUUCUUGGAGUAUGACCAGGAUUUGAGUGUUCGGAGGAAAAACACAAAAGAGAUGUUUGGUGGCUUUUUAAAAAGUAUGGUAAAGAGUGCUGAUGAAGUCCUCUUUUCUGGAGUCAAGGAAGUAGAAGACUUUUUUGAGCAAGAGAAGACUUUUCUUGUAAACUACUACAACAGAAUCAAGGAUGCAUGUGCAAAAGCAGAUAAGAUGACACGAUCUCAUAAAAAUGUUGCAGAUGACUAUAUUUAUACUUCAGCUUGCUUGAACAGCCUGGCAUUAGAAGAACCUACAGUUAUCAAAAAGUACUUGUUGAAAGUUGCUGAGCUCUUUGAGAAACUCAGGAAGGUAGAGAGUAGAGUUUCAUCUGAUGAAGACUUAAAGCUCUCUGAACUAUUGAGAUACUACAUGCUCAAUAUAGAAGCUGCUAAGGAUCUUCUGUACAGACGUACAAGGGCUCUUGUUGACUAUGAAAACUCAAACAAAGCUCUAGAUAAAGCCAGACUAAAGAGCAAAGAUGUCAGGCUGGCUGAGGCACAUCAACAGGAUUGUUGUCAGAAGUUUGAAAAGAUUUCAGAAUCUGCAAAACAAGAACUGUUGAGCUUCAAACAGAAGAGAAUAGCAGCGUUCCGCAAAAACCUAAUUGAAAUGGCAGAACUGGAAAUAAAACACGCAAAGAACAAUGUCUCUCUCCUGCAAAGCUGUAUUGACUUGUUCAAGAACUAAGACGCCUUAUUCUGAAAAUGUGAAAAAAGCAUCAAUUGCACUCAAUGGCCAGGGGCAACUUAUUGGCUUGACUUCAUUAGCUUAAAAUAAAUAUUGUCACUGAGAUUCUGUUUGACUAAUACAUAAAUAUGUCGAUAGUGAUACAUUGACUUUCUUGGUAUAAAUGAGAGCCAAAUUGUGUAUGAAUUGUUUGGAUGUAGCUAACAUCCUGUUGGCUGAUAACUCAAAAUGGGUCACAUGUAAGAAAUCGGUUUGCUGUUGACUGACUUCAUCUAGCAGAAAAUGUUUUCUGAGAAGAACUCCUAUUUUGCAGGAUCAUAAAAGUAAUCUGUCUCUUCAUAGCCCUGAUAUAUUUAAAACUUGCAAGUGGGAGUGACUUAUAUAAGUAUAAUAAUUUUAUAAAGUAAAUAUCUUAACAUUCCACUUCCCAGACAGAUUUAUACUACAAUAUAUUUUGAAUUUCUAUAACUGCGUUCAGUAUUUGUACACUGGGGCAAUACGGCAAAUAAAGAUGUCUGA